AUGAGUCAAAAGGAUAAUAAUACUAGUUUAACUGAUAGUGAAACUGAAAGUGUACAAUUAAUAAAUCAGGAAAGUAGAGAAGUCGUAUUAAUUAAAUCAACGAGUUCUGAGACAAUUAAUAAUAAAGAUAGUGAAUUAAGUAACCCAACAUCUAGCCCUAAGGAAACCAAGAACGAUACAAAUAACGAUAUAACUAUUAUAGCUGAUAAUAAGGAACUAUUAAUUGACUUAAGUACAGAAGAAGGUUAUCAAUAUUCCAUAGAUUUUGAUAGGGAAAAAUAUUUAGGGGCUAUCAGGGAAAAGAAUUUAUUAAAUACAAGUAUACGACCGAUAAUAGUCAGUGAAACUGAACUAAGACAAAUAGGUACUCGUACUCAAAAAGGAAUUAUACACACACAGUUAGAACCAGUUAAACGAACUAGAAAAACCAAAAUGCCUACCAAAAUUCCGUUAGACAAAGCCACCCUUAUGAUCCCCACCUGUACCGGUGAAAGGGACGUUUACCAAUUUAUUAAAGCUUCCGAUUUGGCUUGUUCAGCCGUGGAAAAAGAUGACCUACCUAUACUUAUGAAAUUUAUUAACACCAAGUUAUUCGAUCAGGCGUUAAAUGUAUGUCGAUAUAGGGACACCAGUGAUUGGGAGGGUAUUAAGUUAAUUCUGUUAGACCACAUUUCAUUUGAACCACAACAAUCGACAUCUUCAUUGCAAGUAGCAUUAAAUUCUGUACGAAUGAGAAACAAUGAGGACGUAGGUGCAUACGCGCGUAGAGUAGAACAAUUAUAUUUCAAUCUAUGUGUAGCAAGCACUAAAGGAAAAACUACAGACCAAGCUGAUACAAUUCGCGAUCAAUUAAAAGAACAGACACUGGUAGUUUUUAUUAAAGGGUUAAUACCUAGCUUAAAGACCAUCGUAAAAUCCCAAAAACCUCCCACUUUAGAAUUAGCUAUCCAGGUUGCUAAGGACGAAGAGACCGAGAUUAAGUCUGAGACCGACGCAUAUCAAUAUUAUGGAGGCAAUAGUUCAGGUAGACAAGUAAACAACUCCACCGCGAAUACCAGCAAUUCUAACGGGCAAAAUAAUAAUUACAACGCUCCGAAUAUUAAUAGACCUAAUUAUAACAGUAAUAAUUUAUCUAGACCAAAUUACAAUCUGAGAGGAAAUUUUAAUCCAAAUCCAAAUUUUAAUCGAUCACAAUAUAAUCGAAAUACGAAUUUAAAUAGACCUGAUAUAAAUCACGGUAAUAGGAAUAAUGUUAAUAGUAGUAAUCAAUAUCAGCCUCGAGGUAAUAAUAACUUUAAUCGCAAUAAUAAUUAUACACGUAAUUAUCAGAAUAAUAAUCACGCAAUGGCCACUAUACAAUGUUACCAAUGCGGAGGAAAUCAUUUCGCUCGAGACUGUGUUCAAAAUCGUCAUACUAAUAACUAG